AUGGUAUGUCUUCACUCUGCUUCGCACGAUCUUGAUACCCCUGGCGACCUUCACGCUACUGCCUGGGGAGACGAGAGUUCUACCCUCUCCACCACCUGUUCUCCCCCCGCCAAUUUGGCAUAUACUAAGGUGGAAGAACAAGCGCUCGACCAGGAGCUCUGCGAUCCUCUGCCGAACGCCACGCUUUCCGGCAAAAAGCAUGCUGGAUCCGAGCUCAACAACUCUGGAAUCAAGAAACGGAUCGACCGGAUUCUCUCCAUUCUUGAGAAGCACGAGGGCAUUGCCAAAUUCAAAUCUGAACACUCUUCUUCUUCUUCUUCUUCUUCAUCCUCCUCAUCCUCUUCUUCCUCGUCCUCCCGGUCAGCACACAGCUCGGCGUAUAAUCGUCAUGGCCUCCCACACAUCAACCGAAUAGGCCCUCCUCCCGAUGCAAGGCACUUUGACGACAUCUCCUCCCAACCCUUCCCCUUCUCCUCACCAUCCCACCAAACAUUCACCCGCGUCCUCCAACGUAUCGUCGCUCGCCUGACCUUACCCUCCGAGCUUCCCCCACCCUUCCAACCCGUCCACCAAGAUUUCAAGACCUUCGUCUCUGUUGAGCUCGGGCAGGGCCUCCUCUCUUUCGAUGACUAUACCGCCGACCCCGCUCAGAGCGCUAUCGCCUCCGUGCUGGGCCAGAUGGAAGCUUGGGAGCUUCUCCUUGGCUCGACUGUUAUCCAUCGUCCGGGGUGGGCGAAUCCAGGAGGUGAUCUCACUGAAAAUGAGGGAGCGGCGAAGCAGGAUGAGAGCAAACAUGCUAUCCUCGCGAAUUUGGUGGGAAGGAGCUGGAAGGAGCUUGACAAUUUUGUCGUGUACCCUCAGCCGGAUGAGGGACAUCAGGCGGUGUAUAGGUCUAUCACUGCUCGAAAAUUCUUGGGCCAUCCUCACAUGAGGCAUGGAGGGGGCUGCUGUUAG